GACACACUGGGGAAAAGCGGCAUAAAACAGUAUUAAAAGUAGAAGUAAAAAUGGUAAAAGUACAUAAAUCAACGCGUACACCUCCCGCGCAAUUUCCGCGCCCUGCAGCGCCGUCAUUAAGUGAUCGACGAACAUGAAGGCUGUCAUUCCACCUUCUCAAGUCUUUGCUGAUGGGCGACCCGCAUAACGAGCAUUAUGAAUAUGCGCGGAAUUGUUGGCGAGAUUCUAUUGUAGCCACACUGACACGCACAGAGAGAGAAAGAUGGAAACAAAAGCCGACAAAUUACGCGCGCGCAUUCCAGACUGCAAUUGUCAUCUGUGACCGUGCUGAUGUAAAAACGUGAGCCGUUAUCCAAUCAUUUCACAGUUGGUACGUUGCACUGCGCAAUAAUUAUCUGUCGUCGAAAUAAAUUUUUUAUGAUCAUCGGAUUAUAUUGCUCUCGUUGAAUUUGCAUUCUUUCUGGAGGCACACUUCUGCAGUGCUGAUCCGAUUAUUAACGCUUUUUCAUCUGCCAGUUACUGCAUAACCAGAAAGGGACGUCUGUUGUAAUGGACAAUACACCGGUGUACGCGUAUCUCGUCGCGCUGGCAGCGGCCAUGGGCGGCUUCCUUAUUGGAUACGAAAUGGGAAUGAUUGGGCAACUAAUUGGAAUGCCCAGCUUUAACGUCCAGUUCGGUAUCCAGCGCGACCAGAAACUCAACCUGACCCUGCCUGACGGCGUCGUGGUCCACCAGACCUACAAGCAGAUCGUCCUCUUGUUGACGCACAACAAGACCUUUUCCGAGAACCUCUACGACGCAGGUUUCGACUUCACCGCCAUCUCCCUGCCGGACACCCGCCUGGCACCCGAAAUCACAGGCUACAUAGCCUUCAGCUUCCUGGCGGGCGCAAUCGCCGGCGCUGCCAUCGUUGCGAAGCUGGCCGACGGACUGGGCCGUCGGUACUCCAUCUUUAUGGGGUCGGUGCUCUUCAUGGUGGGUGGAGCCAUGCAGGCGGGCGCGGUCAAUCUCUCUAUGCUGUUAGUUGGACGAGUCGUCGCCGGGUUGGGUGUGGGGGUCAUGUCCGCCGUAGUCCCCCUCUAUAUCUCCGAAACCGCCAAGACCGCCAUCCGUGGGCGACUGAUUACCGUGUUCCAACUGAUGAUGGCCUUCGGAAUUCUGAUCAAGUGCGCCGUCAAUUCGGUGCUCUUGACGUUCAUAACUGGGAACCUGCAGUGGCGACUGGCGCUGGGACUGCCGCUGAUUCCCUGCUUGAUCAUGUGGUUGCUGAUCAUCGUCCUACCCUUUUCGCCCCGUUGGCUAAUCGACCGCAACCGUGACGACGAAGCGGUGCACACGUUAGCAAAGCUGCGGAACAAGCCGGCCGACUGCGAAGAACUCUUAGCUGAGUUUGCAACGAUUAAGGAGAACGUUAACUACGAGAUGGAGGUGGGGCAUGCCACCUGGCUGGAAAUCCUUCAACCGGGCAUCCGCAACCGUGUCGCACUGGGCAUCAUUCUGCAGUUCUUCCAGCAAUGGUCGGGAUGCAACGUGAUGCUGUAUUAUGGCGGAAAGGUCUUCAGCGCAAUCGGGAUGCCGGUGAUCCAUGCCUUUGUGACGCUGAUCGUCCUCAAUGCUGCCAUCAAUUUUCUGUCGACCUUCUUCGCCUUGUGGUGGGUGGAUAGGAUUGGGCGGAAAGUGCUGAUGAUUGUCGGAGGAUUUGCAAUGUGUUUCUGCCAUGCCGCCAUUGCAUGCUGCCUGGGCCUCUCCGACCGUGUGGACGAGCAGUACGCUGAGUACUUCGUGCGGUGCGCCGUCGUGUUCAUAUACCUGUACACCAUCAUUUUCGCCUCCACUCUCGGCCCCAUAGUGUGGGUGUACCAGUCAGAGAUUUUCCCCAUGCGAGUCCGAGCUAAGGCUGCUUCCCUUUGUACAAUGUCCAACUGGAUAUGGAACGCUGUGGUCGCCAAGUUGGCCCCAAUUAUGCUGGCAUAUAUGGCGUAUUAUACCAAUGUGGUAUUUUCUUCAUUCUGUUUCGCUUGCGGCAUUUUCGUGUGGGCUUUCGUUCCGGAAACUAAAGGUCUCACUCUGGAAUGCAUGAACGAAAUAUUUGGCACCCCACCGGACGAAGCCCGUUCACCGGAUGACAAACGCGAAAAGAAGAUCCAAAAGAUCAUGAUGCUGGAAGCUGAUAAACUCAAACAGGAACAGCUAGAUAUGUCGCAUCUACGCGUCUGAGUUUAGCCUAACGAGAGCGAUUUACAGAUUGUCGCAGUUUGGUGACUUUAUGUCGCCAAGGAUCAGUUGUCUCUACACGCUCGAAUCUCUUUUAUGCACAACAGUCUAUGCUUAACUGCGAACAAAAUAUGACGGCAAGCGGGCAUAAUCAAAGCACCGGUAGGCGCAGACAACGGGAAGGCCACCUCCUCAACAACGGGACAAUGCCACGCCUACACCUACUAUAUCGCUUCCGAAAGUUUUUGUUUCCUUUUUAUUAGAUUUUUGUCUUAGUUGGGUUAUUUUGUACAGCCUAAAAGCUUGAGGAUGAACCAGUUCUAACCACAUAAAAUUUUCAAAUUAUUG